AUGUCACAGCCAGGCUCGUCAGCGAAUAUCUCGCCCCUUGCUUCGGCAGGCAAUGCCGCCGAUGCCCCAGCAAUCGUUCCGGCAAAAGCAGUGUACGACGAAGAGGCCGAGGAGGGCGAAAUCGUCGACGAGGAAGAAGGCGAGAUCUCCGAGAGUCAAGCCACCAAACCCACAGACUCUCGAGCAGCACCGUCACAGUCGGUUGCUGCAGUUAUCGCUGAUCCAGAUGCGGACUCACCAAAACAACCAAUGACUCCAGAGCUGCCGACAGAUCCAAUCGUUACCGUCGACAAUGAGCAGAAAAAAGACAGCAUAGAGACAGAUCUCGAUCAAGCCUCGGCUCCUGAAGCAAUCGAUUCAAAGGCUCAGGCAUCGCAAGCAACGGAAUCUGGCGGUACAGGGUCUGGGCAAGUUCCUCCCAUAAAUGACGCCGCCCCCGUCUCAUCCUCCGGGGUGAGCACGCCACAGGCACCUGUUCCGGAGCUGACCGGCUCUGAGAAUGCUGCUGCUUUCGCCUCCGCUGAAACUUCUGACAAGCCUCAAGAUCCAGCGGCGGAGUCGUCCGCACCACAAACGACUGAAGACCGAACGACACCCGCGCUUACUGCUACAGCUGCGCCAGACGCAGAUGCAGCAACUGGUAGCGCUACCCCAGCAAAGGAGCAAACCGACUCUGUUCCCGUCGAAGAAGUCUCGCAAAUCGUGGAAAAAGCAACGACCGACGACGCGAGUCCGUCUGCAGCCAAAGCGCGGCCCACGGAGAGUGGCGCUGCAGAUGCGGUCGCCGACACUGUCUCUACAGCAGACGAGGCAAGCGGCAUGGAAGUCGACGACAAGGUCGUCACUCCAGCGCAGCCUUCGGUGGUCGCCUCUCGAGCACCUGCCGAGCCCGAGCCCGAGCCGAUGCAGAUCGAUGACUCUGUUCACACGCCUGCGCUUCCAUCGGAUGGCCCCGAAGCUCCCGCUCCAGCGGAACCAGCCGGCGAGUUCGCAACCGCAGAGGCGGAAAUGCAGGACGCGGCACUGCAGGAGCGUCCUCAGUCUCAACCUCGAAUCAAGGGCGAGCCACAGUCACAGGCCUUCGAGCAAUCGCAAGCAGAGCCGACGCAGGCGCCUGAGACAGUUGUAUCUGAGACGAUCAACGCCGCCCCUUCUGAGGGCUCAGAGCUGGCACGAAAGGAAGAGUCGAGCCAUGCUAGCCUCGCGCCUGGUCGAAGGCAGUCGAGGGAUCUGCAGAAGCCAUCCGAGGUUCGUCAACGAUCUGCGACACCGCGAGUGGGCACCGAUGCACAGAUGUCGGAGGCGCCGGCGCCGACAGAGUCGCAGAGUCGUGCCACGGUCGAGAGGGACGACCCGUCUACGUCAAGACCUUCGAACCUGGAUCCUGACCGCUCAAGAACAGCCAACAGAGGCUCGGCCGCACCCAGCUCGGGUCAUGAGAGACGCCUUGAGAGGGAGAGGACUAAGGAUCGAUCUCAUCCGUCCGAGCGGUCUCAGGAUCGAGAGCAGCGCGCUCGCGAGAAGGACCGACGGCGCGAGCUCGAGCGUGCGGAGCGCGAACGGGAACGCGAGCGCGAACGAAUCCGCGAAUCAGAGCGUGACCGCGAGAUUAUGAUCGCUCGCGAGAACGAAGAGGCUCGACUCAUUUGGCUCUCGCUGCCCGGCAACGAUCACCCUCAGUACUAUACCGACACGGACUCAGACUCGUGCUAUGGUGUCGGCGGUGCUCUCGGUGUUGACCUGACGGACGAGGAGGACAAGGACCUGAACCCGCCCCUGCCUCUCUCGCUCCAGACCUACCACCCUGCGCCAUCCUACUCGCAGAUUUACUUUGACGACGGCUACUACACCUCGAAGAGGAAGCGCACCGACGGAGCGGAUGGAGACGACGUUGCUGCUUCCUCUCGCCGCUACCGUCGCAAGCCUGUCUCGAAGCCGUCGCCCGCCGAUCGCUUCGCACCCAUGCCACGCAACGCGCUUCCUUCGACCACGAUGAUCGACAUUGACGACUUCCCCGUCCCAGACUCGAGCAUACGCGGUGAGCCGUCCGAGCGUCCCUUUGCGAGCAGGAUCGAGCGCGCCUCACUGCCACAUAUCCCUCCCGCUGCCCGCCUGGACGAUGCUGUGGAGGAUUUCGACAGCUCCGACUCGGACGAGGAGGCGAUGCGCCUCGCCCACGAACGCAAGCGACGCCACGGCAACCGCAGCGGCAAUCGAGGCAACAAGCUCUCGCGCGACAAGGGAGCUCGUUGGGUGCGCCGCGGUAAGCUGGGCGGAUGGACCGAGAUGCGCAUGGAGAAGGAGAUCGGAGAUCGAGUACGACACCGUGUCGAGGCGAUGCAGAAGGACAACAUGCGCGCACUCUUGUCUGCCAUGCCCGAGGAAGACAAGGCGAUGCUGGCGCAGUUCCCUGCUCUCCGCAACGGUCUCAUCCCGAGCGACGCUCCGAGCAAUGCGCGACGAGAUGCACGAGGUCGACUCUUGCCUUCCGAUGUGUCCGAGGCAGCACGGAUCGAUGCCGAGCUAGGACUUGACGGUGGAAUUGCAGGUCUGAGCGGAACGAGACUCGAUCGACCCGAGCAUCUCACAUCCACCUCGCUCGCACCGACGCUUCUGAAGCCCGCGAUCACGCCACGACAGUUGCUGACGAGCCACACCCUCCGUCACACGUUCCGCAACCCUCACAUUGCUGCUCUCGGCAAGACGGCGCUGGACCUGAUCGAAAGCGAAGGGGUGGUGGGCCGUGCCGUGGGACGAUGCUGGGCUGCGAUGGAACGUGGCGGAUGGAAUCAAGACCCCGAACCCAAAGGCGACGAGGCAGAGCAAGGCGAACGUCAUCAGAACGGUGUCAACGGCAUGGACGUAGACGGAUCGGAUGCGGAGGAGGCAGACGGUUCGUCUGCGAGUGUCUUUGGCUCUGUCACCGACAACCCCGCACUAUCGCAUCUGGACAGACUGUUCGUAACCAAGCAAGGUCUGGCGAUCCCCCGUCUCGACGAUAUGGGUCAGCCCAUCUUUGUGCCGCCUUCGCCAGCGACGCAGACUGCACGUGCGCAAGCUGGCCUGGCAGAAGAAGCAGCCAACGAAGCGGCGAUCGAGACGACCUUGUUGCCGGCACCCGAACAACGAUCGAUUGUGCUAGCGGCGCUCGAGUGUCUGCAGGACUUGGCGGCGGACUCGAGGGAAUACGUGGAGAGGCUGGAGGAGGUACGUUCGCGACUGGCUGCGGUCAAGCGACGCCGGGUCCAGGUGUGGAAUGCAGUGCGGCAGUGGGCGCUGGACAAGGACGAGGCUGCGGAGCCGGCUGGCGGAGCGAGGGCAGACAAUGCAUCGUGGGUGGUAGAAUCCCCGGGUGGUGCGUCGGUAUUGUCCGCAGCCGCGGCAGCUGGUGGGGUAAACGGCACCUCGCCUAGGAAGCGGAAGUGA